AUGGUGUUGAAGUCGGGCGGACGUUACAAUCGUGUCAUCGGUUUCUGUCCGACCGGUUGGUCACAAGCCAAAAAGUCAGUGAAGCGAUGGGCAACCGCAACCAUCUACAUGGUUGCAUACUCUGAGCAUAGCAGCUUCAACGAACUCUAUCAAUGUAUCGAUACAUUUAGACCUACUGAAAUUGUACCAACAGUAGAUUGUGAUACUGAAUAUAAAGUUAAAAAUAUUCUAAGUCAUUUCGAUGAGAUCUAUGGUAAGAAAAAACAGUUGUCUAUUUCAUCGUUCUUUAAUAGAUCAUCUACAGAUAGUAAUUUUGGUAGAUUAAGUAAUAGUAAUAGUAAUAAUAAUAAUAAGUCAACUGCAUCAGCUAUUUUGUCUUGGUUAGGUGUAGGUUCGACGACUACUACAACUAAUACAUCGACAACAGUUAAAUUAAAACAAGAGGAUUUUCAAUCAGAUGCUCUAUUUGAUUAUGAUUCUGAUAUAGAUCAACAAAAACAAGUAAAGAAUGAAGAUGAUUUGGUAUCCAAUCAAUUAGUAAUAUAUAAUGAUAUCAAAACAUCUGUAUCAUCUUCAUCGCAAUCACAAACAACAAAUACAUCAAAGACAACGACAACAACAACAACGACAUCAUCACUGUCACAACUCAAACAAGAAAGUAUAAAUAUAGAUAAUGAAAAUGAUCAAUCAUUUACAUUUGAUAUAAACGACCCAGUAUUUUUAAGUCAACAACGUUGGAUAGAGAAACAAAUUAUGUCAUCAAGUAAUAAUAAUAAUAAUAAUAAUAGUAAUAAAAAUAGUAAUAAUAGUAAGAAUACUACUAAAAAAUCAGAUAUAAAAUCUACAACAGCUUCAUCAUCAUCAUCAACAACAACAGAUACGAAAAAGAAUAAAACAUCUCCAAACAGUCAAAAGACAUUACAACUCCAAAAACAACCAAGUAAGAAACAUAAGUCAACGACUACAACAAUAACAACAAAACCAAUUUCGCUUAUAUCAGAUAAACCACCAUCCUCUUCUUCUUCUUCUUCUUCUACUUCCACACCUUCUAAUGCAUUAGUUUGCAUAGAUGAAAAUAAUAACAACAAUAACAAUAAUAAUAACAAUAAUAAUGAUAAACCAUUAACACAAUCAAUAAUAACAAAUUUCUUCCAAAGAUUCAGAGAUUAG